AUGUCGAGACAAGACCCCGGUCAGGCCCAGGGACCGGACCCGGGAAUGGACCAGGACACAGAGCAGAAGGGUUUCCGGCUGCUGGGCAUACUGGAUGUGCAGAGCGUCCCGUGUGCAAGGGAGUCCGUGCUGUACGGGGCAGGGGGCGGACUGGCCCUGGGUCUGCUGCACUUUUUAAGCACCAGUCGGGUCAGGAGGUCCUAUGACGUGGGCUUCGCGGGCUUCUUCAUCACCACACUGGGAUCCUGGUUUUACUGCCGGUUAAACAGUGCCAAACUGAGAGCCCAGGAGCGCGUCUUUAAGCAGGGAGUCCGCAACAAAGUGCUCUACCAGGGGACCAGCAUAGACCCUACCACAGAGCCCACCCAGAGGAGCCCCCCAUCCGCCUCCUGA